AUGACUCGGAACGGGACCAAAUCCCUGCAACACGAUGAAAUGGACACGACUUCCCCGCCGAGUGGUUCCGGAACGACGACGACCUCACCUCCGGAUUACGCGACCGCGGCGACACUCCGCUCGACGCCCGCGCAAAUGUCAGCGGCGAUUACCGUCGAUUUGGUAGUGGCGGCUCAGGUACGAGCACCCACAAAAUGAUGCAAUUUAGAUGUGCGGGGGACACUAAAAACCCAUACCAAUGCACAAUUGAAGUUCCAUUAGUGCAGCGGAGCGUGCUUGCUCACUGAUCACCUCAAAAUACUUCCAAUCAGAGCACACCUCAAUCCGGUUAGCUCCAUCGUUCUUUCCUUUUUCGUACCAAAACCUAAUCGAACCGACGUUCUUCUUCGUCUCGCUCUCUUUCGUCCCAUCUUUUCGCUUUCGGCUGGCACAUUGUGCACGAAAACCGGGGCCCGACGAGCCCGUUGAGUCUAAUUCGGUUGGUUGAGACAGCGUGCAGAAAGGAGAGAUCGCAGUCGGUCGACUCAAUCAAGAAUUCAGUUGGCGCCUCUUUUGUCGCGCCAAAGGCGACAACUGGAUAAAGAAAAUGAGGGCGGUCGAGUUCAAACUGCUCGAAGCUCAAUGAGCUCGGAGCUCGGAGCACAGUGCUGACGGAAGAGAACGUCAGUUUUGAGGAAUGACAGGCAAUUUCAAUUGAAUAUCCGUCGGACUCAUCCGUCUGGUGAGCCUCCCUUCAAUAAGUCCGCCCUUCAAUUUUAUGAGCCCACUAAAAUUCCGUCGUCUUUUCUUUUCUCUAUCCCUUUUUCCUGCUCAAUUCCUGGGCUCAAUUGAACGGGCACGGGUAUGGAAAACCGAAAUUUAUGGGGCAAUUCAAGUGGAUUACGGUGGAUUUAUCUCACAUCGAAAAUCGAGAAAAGCGGUGGAAAGGUCAGAAAAGAGCAGAAAAGUGUGCGGUUUCACACGUGCACGGAGGACCAAUAGAUCGAGUUUCGAACUUUUCAGAGAGAAGCCAACUUCCUGCGAAUGAUUGACCGCAAGGCUCCGUUGCUCUACGAGCCAGACGUCGUGAACCACGCCCUGCGAAGAUAUGAAACCUACUGGCUGCCGAUGCAAGUGAGUGAUCGAUCUGUUGAUCCUUUGAGCCUUCGUCCUUCUUCCAGGCCGCCCAUCCCGACCUGAAUGUGAUUCCUCCGUUGGACGUGCAUUGGGUGUGGCACACGCACAUGCUCAGUCCCAUUCAUUACCAGGAGGUGCGUGACACAUUCUGAUUUCCGGAACCUUUUGCGCUAAGGCAUCUCAAAAAUGCAUCAAGUAUCACAUAUCAAAGAGUGACAAGAGAGUAAACGAGGUCUCAGAGACGCAGAUUUGUAUGACAUUGAAAAAUGAGACUCGUCGGUGAGAAGAGCCCGUGUGGGCUUCACGUAAUGACUGCACAAGUUCGUAUACAGGUGGACCCCCAUUGCGCGGUGCGUGAGAGACUUCUGAGUUUAUGUCCGUCCGAAAGGAUUACGAUGGCCCUCGCCUCGAGCCGUUGUUGUUUUCGGAGGCGCCGAGCUCUGAUGGAUUUACUGCUACUUUUGGGUGUUCGUACUCCCGGAGAGACCGCCCAAUGAGCAAGAUCUGCCCGAGUCAUCUUUGCUUUUAUCCGUGACGGAGCAGGAGGAAAAAGAGGGGGAGGGGGAGUGAAGAGCGCGCAAAACACAAGUUGGCAACAUGCUUCUCGCCACGAUCUCUUUCCCUUGGGGCAUAUGCGGAUGCCCUUGGUACGGAGGGGCGACACUUGUUAUGUUUAUACAUAAACACACUGACUGACCCGCGGGGUGUGUAUAUCGGAAUGGUGGCGCCAAUUGGCCGGAUUAGAAUAGAGUCUGUGGAAAUUUGGGCAAUUUGAGCGAUUUGCAGGACUGCGAGAAGCUCGUCGGCAAAGUAAUCGACCACAAAUUGCUGUCGUCGGAUGAGAUUCAGAAGAGGUACGACAAAGAGGGACCGGCGAACGAUCCCCGGCUGUUGCAGGUACGACAGCAGCGUCCGCGCAUGGGAUUCGUACUGUAGCCCCGAGCCUUACGACUUUCUGGCCAGCCAGGCACCGCCCACGCCUUACAAGACAAAAUGCAACUACGACAUUGCGGGCGCUGUCCAGAGGCAGAGGAAUUUCAACUAUCAGGUGAGAGCUCAGAUCGCAAUAGAGUAAACAGUUCAUUGAUCAGUCAUUUCUGAGAAUUCCUGGGCCAGUUGUGAUCCUCUCUCCCUCUGUUUUUCCCUCAGAAACGAUAGACUGCCUUACGAUCAAUCAAAACUUCGUACUAGUGUUAAAAUAACUUAUUGACCAAUUAGCCGCUUGUCUCGCUUUUCCUCUCGCCCCAUACACUGCGUCCGCGCCGCUCCAUCAAUCACUUUGAUGCGAAGGCGAAGGCUGCUCUCAGACAGACAAGAUUCUUCUCGCAGCUCAGCAAAAAUAUCUCCCUCGUUUGCCAAGUGUCAAUCGUUCGAUUAUACGUCGAUUAUCUCGAGGGCAGUUGUCGUUUCGAGAAGGGAUCCUUUCUUUGCUUCCAGGUCUCUCUGCCGCACUACACUUCCGCCAAGUUCCUUUCGGAGUCCGUCAAGCGGUACAUUCAGUUCUUGCUGCUCAAACAGACGUACUCGGAUCAGUUCCUGACGCCGUGCUACGACUUUGACAUCAUUUGGCACACUCAUCAGGUGAGUUAAGGAAAAGAAGAACAAGAUGAAGAAGAAGGAGGAGAAGCCGGAACACGUCACUUCUGGCUUUCCGAGUAUUAUUCGUGGACACUCCACGCGUCUUCUGCACAUCGUAAACAACUUCCACAUCAAACAUUUUCCGAGAAAAACCUCUCAAUUUUUUCCUAAAUGAAUCUCAACCACCGAGUCCAUUUUUCGAGUAAUUCUCCCGAAAAGUGCCCAUUUCUGUUCCCGAAAAGUGCCCAUUCUUCGUCCAUUCCCUUUUUCAGACAAUUCGGUCUCCUCGGUCUCAUAAAAUAUUGAUGCGGUGCUAAAAAAGCGGCCCCAAAUGGCUUGUUUUCAGGUUCAUCCUUCCAGCUACCUCAGGGACUGCACCGCCAUUUUCGGAUCUCUUCUGAAGCACGACGACACUGUGAACGACCGGACGAAGGGCAGCAAACUUUUGAAAGGAGAAGCACUCACAAAGAAGGUGUGGACGACGCACUUCGAAGAGCCAUUCUGGAGGAGAGGAUGCAUGUUCAGGGGCCACAAUGCACCUGCGUUCCUCGGCUUCGAAUCUCAGGAUCUGGCAUGCAUUUCGUACGGAGACAUCCAUGUUCCGUCGAUUUCAUUGAAGGAUAUUCCUGUUCAACGAGAGCAAUUGAGGCUGAAAUUGUGCUAUGGAAACAAGAAAGUGACCACUUUCAAUGCGGAUCUCUCUCAGAAACAGGUCACAAAGUCAGGAUUCUCGCUUGUUUGGCAGCCGACUGAGAGCUCGGCGUGUGCUUCAAUCGUCAAGUUUCCAUUUGAACGUCGUGCUGCGAAAGAGUUGACCGUCGAGUUGGAAAUCUUCGACAAGAUGUUCCUGCAAAGGAAGGAUCUCAUCAAACUGAUCGGAAAAGCUUCUCUGGACCAGUUGCUCCCACCGAGCAACUCGAAAAGUGCUCACAACGUGGCAGAAUUGCAGUUGAAGGCGUCGAAGGAGUCGGCCGAUUUCACUGCCAAAGUGAAUGUGACGACGAGUGUGAAUCUGAACAGAGAACUCCAGUUGCUGGUCGGCGACUUCUUGGAGAGGCCAUUGUCUGCCGAUUCCCAUCUCGCAUAUCUCGCUCAGUGCGCCUCUUUGAAUCGGGGAUCUCUGAAUGCCAAUUCGACUGUUCACAUGGCCACUCAUAGGUUAGUCGCUGAGUGUGACAAUCCCGUAGAAAAUUCGAAACCCGUAGAGUUAAUUCCCGUAGAAAAAUGUCAAAUCGCGUAGAAAUGGGCAGGGCCUAAUGCAAGGUACACGUACACUGUUUUGACUCAUUUUUGAUUGCCUUUUUCGCCCCUUUAGUAACUAUUCAUUUGAGACAUGAAAAUUUGACAGAACGAUUAAAAAAAUGCCAUGAGGAGUCCAAUAUUCUGAAUUUUCUGCAUUUUGACGUAUCUGUGUUCGCGUACUUAUUUCUACGGGAUUGUCACAUUUCCGUUAGUCGGUCUCAGAUAGUCAAGCAUUUCCACUCCCUUUUUGCAGCAUGGUCGACACUCGGGACGGAACCAAGUACACAGUGCAGGUGAUCCAUUCGGCCCCGCUGCUCCUCUCCAUGAUUCUCGUGUACGGCCGAGAGCAACGCCUCCUUUCGAUGGCUCAUUUGAUCGGAGCAGAUUCCCUUCCGAGCCGUGAUCAACUUGACAAUAACCUGGUACCCGUGAGUCGUUUUCAUUAAUUCUUUCAUAAUUCUCUCCUUUUCAGUUCCUUCCUCAUCUGUCGAAUGCCGAAGAAAGAGCGUUUGUGAUUGUGAAUAAAGAGGGCGAUUACGCGAUAAUCAAAGGAAGAUGGUCCGGAUUCUGUAGGAAACAAUCGGCGACGAAGGGCCAGAAGGCCAAGCCCGGCAACCCGGGACGUCUCCACAUCGACGCGUUCAAUCUGCUCAAGAAUACCGUUCAGAAGCUGGAAGUUCCUUCCGCCGACAGCUCCACACUUUUCCUCAUUGGCGGUUGGUUCUUGGUUGCGUCUUUCUCAAAUAUCAGUCUAAAAUUCUAGACGCACAAGCUCGUUUGCCCGGAAAACGAAUAGAAUGCCGAUCGACGAACACGGCCGAGCAGAUCGCCAGCAUCUUCUGCGUCUCCACUCUCUUCGUUCUCUGCAAUCCCGACAAAGUCCGUUCUCGGAACGACAGCACCUCAGUCGGCCAUCAGGCUCACAAAUGGCCGCUCACUCUGGCGUGUGGAUACGGUAGACAGCUGCCGACGAACAGAUUACUCCUCUCCGCCGAUCAGGACGGACUCGGUGAGCUCAAGAGUCUAAUUGUGACUGAAGACUUGUGUUCUUCCAGGAGGAUGUGAGAUUGCUCCUCUUCUGAUGUGCGGAGUCGGUUGCGACGGAGCGGCAUGCGGGGCUUGUGGAGCGUGCGGAGCCUGUGGAGCUUGCGGUGGAUGCGGAGGCUGCGGAGGGUGUGGCGGAUGCGGUGGAUGCGGAUGA